AUGCUGCCAAGCUCUGUCUUCGUGUCGCUCGUUUGCUCCCUUGGGCAUGCCGCGGCGCUCAAUCUUGAAAUAAACAGCCAGGAGUCCAUCAGGUCCCUCGCACAGGUGCUCGCAAGCGGCGUUGUGUCAUUCUAUGAUGAAAUUUUGAAAAAGGACCUCAUCCCUGGUCUUUUCCCACCCCCUUACUAUUGGUGGGAGUCUGGUCUGGCUUUCAACGCCCUAAUCGACUACUACGGCCUUACCAAUAACUUCGCUUACAACGCUCGCAUCACGGAGGCCCUUCAGCACCAGCUUGGCGACUCCAAUGCUUUCAUGCCAGCCAACCAGACCAAAACACUAUGCAACGACGACCAGAGCACCUGGGGCCUGGCUUCCUUGUCCGCGUAUGAAACGCAGCUCCCGGCACCGCUAACUGUCGCUCGCUGGGACACUGGGAGCUGUGAUGGAGGCCUCAAGUGGCAGAUUUCUACUUUCAAGAAUGACUACCAUUACAAAAAUGCUUUCUCCAGCGGUCAACUCUUCCUUCUAGCUGCGCGCCUUGCCGAUCAUACUGGUAACGCGACGUACACAGAAUGGGCAAAUAAGGUCUACAACUGGACCACUGAGGUUGGUCUGGUUUCCGUUGAUUACCACGUGUACGACGGUACCAAUGACCAGACCAAUUGCUUGACCAUCAACCACAUUCAGUGGUCGAACAAUCACGCAAUAUACAUGGAAGGUGCUGCGCUGAUGUACAAAAUUUCAAAUGGGUCGGAAGCCUGGACCGCCACCGUCAAGGACCUAGUCAAUUCUUUUUCGGUCUUUACAGACGAAAAUGGCGCACUUCGUGAGGCUGCUUGUGAGGGUAAUGGACAGUGUAUCAUCGAUCAGCGAGCCUUCAAGGGUAUCGCGGCUCAUUCCUUCAGUCGCGCUGCGCAAGCAGCUCCUAUCAUCGCAGACUCGAUCUACAAGACGCUAAACGCCUCUGCUAAGGCCGCGGCAGCUAGCUGUGAGAGCAGUGGUGAUGAAGUUGCAUGCAACCUGUAUUGGUCAUCUAAAAAUGGCGAUUCACCGCGCACUGCCGCGGGCGGUAAGCUAAGCUAA